AUGGCAAAAAUUGGGAUAUCUCUAUUCAGGCCAAACUCAAGGGCUCUUAUCUGGCGGUUUACGAAAACAUUUCCCGCAAAAUGGCCGAGCGUGGUUACAGACGAUCCUGGCUUCAAUGCCAGCGAAACAUUAAAAGCCUCUGAGCCAAAUAUAAGGAGGUUAAAGACUGGAACAAACCAAGUGGCCGUCAACGUAUCACCUGUCCAUUUUACGAAGAGUUGGACCACAUUUUGGGGGAUAAGGCCCAGCGUUCAGCCACUAGAACUGUUGGACAGCUGCUUUGUCCAAGAGGAGCCCGAGGAGGAGAGCCCAGGUCCUGCAGCUGUCGCGGCCAGCGUAGCUAGUCGCUCUUUCGGUGAUACAGGUGAUGGGACCCUUGUAGCUUUUUCGCCUUCUGCCUCUACCUGUGAUGAAAGUUCUGCAGCAAGUGAAGAUACAUCUGUGAACAGCCAUGCAUCUUCCACACCCACUGCUUCUACUACUUGUAAGAGCAGAAAAAGAAAAUCAAAGAUGGAGGCAACGCUGGAGGUGUUUGCUGACAAGAUUACCAGUGCCCUUAAAGAUGACGACACAGAUCUUUUGUUGAAGAUGCAAGCAGCUCAGGAUGAGCAUGGUAGUAAAAUGUUCGCCAUGAUAUCUCAGUUUAUGGAGAGACCAAUCCAGCCUCCACAGCCACCUUUCUACCAAGCACCAACUCAGCCCUCUCAGAUUUACAACUCAAUUCGUCCUCCUACUCAUCAUUCCACACGGUUUCCUGUGGCUUCCUCUCCAUCUCCCACCCAGCCCCUGCCCUUUUUUCAAGAUUUAAAUCGACCACUGCCCUCCAAUAAUACACAUCCUCAUCUCACACAGUAAUUUUUCCAGGCACUGGCAAAUACUCAGGCUUUCGACAACUCAGGCUUUCAACAACGAGGAUCAUCAGCCACCUUUCCAGUCUAAAGAUGAUGAAACCCACUUUACAAGUUUAUGAAUGGUUCUAAAACAUUAAUGCCAGUCAGGGGCGUGUCUAGAGGGGGGGCAUGGGGUGGCACCGGCCCCCCCUGGAAUAUGAUUGGCCCCCCUGGUGCCCCCACUCCAAUCUCAUUGGGCCAACUAGAUUUACUGUCAAACUGAAAAUGCCCGCCGCACCAUUGGACCAGAGAGCUGUCAAUCACUGUUUGAUAUGAGACUCACGCGAAGAAGAAGCGAGCACAGUAGUUGCGCGUUUUUAAAACAGGAGGAAAGAGACACCACGACACCACUGCACCAUUGGAACAGUUGUCAAUCACUGUUUAAUUUGAGACUCGUGCGAACGCGAAGAAGGAGCGGGCACCCCGCCACAGACUCAACACUGGCACAAAUCAACACAAAUCAAAUAGAUUUUUCAUGAUUACCAUUUACAUUUUAUUUUACUAUUUUAAACGGCUUUGUUCGCUGUUGCAAGUGCUCAGCAGUGCUCUUGCGUGCACGCUUUCUCACUGCUGCGUGCGGAACCUCGGCGUGCCUCUCUUACGACACUGAGUGAAGGAGUUAAAAGUUGGCGGUGUUUUCCACCUGGGUUCCUUCAUGUACUUGUCUUUUCACAUAAACGUUAACAGUCAACAGAUGUUACUGACGAGCAGUGAUGGGAAAAUGGCGUUUUACGUAAUUGCGUUACUUUUUUCAGUAACGAGUAAUCAAAUAAAUUACUGUUUCCCCCGUUAUAACGCCGUUAUCGUUACUGACAUUAAAAUGCUGCGCUUUACUAAAAUUGAUCUUACUGUAGUGAUUUUCAGCCGCGUAUGCUCACUCUCUCAGCCAAACACUGUUUUUCUCUUGUGUGUGUUGUGAGAAACAUAACGGAUGAUGAUUGGCUUAAUUUCCAUCGGUAGCCAACCAGAGGCAAAGUUCACAAAAAGGCCCGCCCACACCCGCAGUCCAAGUCCGAGGAGCGAGCAGCAGUGUUAAAAAGUCUGAGCAACUUGGUCACUUUGUCGCUAGAUUUAGCAACUUUCUAUCACUUUAGCGACUUUAUAGGACAAAUCUAGCUAUCUUUUCCGGCGUGGUUGGAGACUUUUGUAGACUGACAUGAAAAUACGCAUCAUUUUCUCUUCUCAACGAGCAGCGGUGCUGCUGCUGACCGUGCCCCAUCUCAAAGCACUGACAUGCAGCCCGGUCAUCGCGCAUCAAUCACUCCGAAAACACCGGCGACAGGGCGAUGGCAAGUACAACAAGCUCAAAGGUAGCGGUCGCAAACACGAAGUAUAAAGCACUACUUUUCCAUUGUUGCGGUGAAAGGCAAGAAUGUUUGUGUAAUGGGAAACAUAUGCCCAUGAAGAAAAAGUCUCUCCACGUCUGUGGCAAGUAAUUCUGAUCUAAUAAAGCACCUCACAUCGUCACAUGCUGCCAUAAAAUCAGUGAUUUCUCUUUAGUAUCCAUUUUAGUCAUUUAACAUAUUUAAUUUUGUAAGGGGCAUUCAAGUUAUUUGAAAUAUUACAUUUUUUUAAGUAACGCAAUAAUUACUUUUCCUGGUAAUUAAUUACUUUUAUAAUAAUGUGACGCAGUUACUAACUCAGUUAGUAUUUGUGAGAAGUAAUUAGUAACUAUAACUAAUUACUUUUUUAAAGUAACGUUCCCAACACUGCUGACGAGAAGACGGUUGAUCGAGUAUCAUGACUUAAAGGUUAGUAGUGUUUUCCCACACAGACACCAGUUCUCUGUGCACGACUCACAAGCUCUCACCCUCCCUAUGGUGCGGUAUGCGCGCGUAACAGUAUAUUUUUUAAUUUGCGCUGAAUUGUCUGCCCUAUACGCGAUCGACAAUUAAACUAUCACUCGCAUUUAAAUUUAAAGCGCUCAUAAACACAACCAGAUGAGAAGAGCAACCCUGCAUGAGACACACAGGUAAUCCGAAAUCACCUCGUAUCAGCUUAAUGUAAAUGUAUGAUGAUUUUAUCAGACAAUGUUGCAUUUAAAUCAGGAUUUUAGCAGUAUAAAGUAACAGCUGGUUGCAUUAAACACGAGGUGUUAUUGGGUCGUGUUUAGGCACUAUUUUAAACUCUUUCUUUAUGUCUGACAACAGAACAUAUGUAAAAAAUAGCAUUCAGUUGUGUUACAAUACAAUAAAAUAAACAAUGGAAGUCAGAUCAGACAGAGUAGAAAAACACAUUUUUAAGUAGUCUAAUAUUUUCCCAAACGGUCCUGAUAUGUCAGAACGUUAACUAAUACCAGCUACACGCAACUCUGUGUAAUUUAGAUAGCCUACUUAAAGGAAUAGUUCACUUAAUUUAAAUGGUCAUAUACCUAAACUUCUUUCAAACCUGUAUGAGUUUCUUUCUUCUGCUGAACACAAAAAAGAAGAGUUAAGAAUGUCGGUAACCAAAAUCAGUUGAUGGAUCCCAUUGACUUCAUAUGUAGGAACAAAAUAACAUGGCAGUCAAUGGGGUUCAUCAACUUUCUGGCUACUAAAUAUAUAUUACCAAAAUUGUUUAUUUUGUGUUCAGCACUAGAAAAACUCAUACAGGUUUGAAAUAACUUUAGGAUGAGUAAAUUUUGACAAUUUAUUUAAAGUGAACUAUUCUGGAACAGAACGGUGUUGUCUAAUCCAUGCAAAAUACAAAACAUUAUUAAUAGAUUAAUACCAUCUAUAUUAGAGCACGUGCAUUGCACAAGAUUUUGGGAACCAUGCUUAAUAUUUUCUAAACCAGUAUUGAAAAGGAGGUUUAAGAGGGAUGGUAGGUGGCUGGCUUGAGACCAGUGGCGGUGUCGGUAAGCAAACUGAAAAGCAAAGUGGGCGUGGCAAUUGGACAGAGGAGAAACUUCCAAACAAGUAUCUAUUUUCAUUUGAAUUUUCUGAUUGGCCCCCCUGACUGGUUAUUGGUCCCCCCUGUGCCCCCCCAUUUAUAAAAUCCUGGAAUCGCCCCUGAUGCCAGUUAAUGAUACAGUUUUGCACAAUGUUCAGGUUGAAGUGUGAAGAUUAUUGAUAUGCAAGGUUAUUUUGAUUUGUUGAUGGAAAAUUGAAUAUGUUGCAUUGUAUUUGUUUGCACUAUUAUAGCCACACUGUUUUCUCUUAAUAAAAAGGAAACCGCAAUAGCAGAAUUGAAAAUGUUAUUUAAAAACGUAUUGCAGCUAUUGUACAAAUUCAGCAAAGGAGCACAAAACUAAACAAAUAACUAAUUUGCAACCUGGUCUCAUGGGAAAUACGUACCUCUGCACACAGUUUUGAAAAACAAACGUCCACUGGGGUCGCUAAAGAGAAGAACUCCAUGUGACAUUACAUCAGGAGUUGCAUUUAGAGGUCUGCACUCCCGCGGGACGGGACAAAUUUUGAAUGGUCAUUGCGGGAGCGGACGGGAUGAUAGAGAUCGCGAUAUGCAUCGAAUUUACCGUGCUUUACCACAGUAACAGUAUAUUUUGGCUACUGCGUGGUUUUUGCUAAAACGCGAUAUGCGUCGAAUUGACCAUGCUUUACCACAGUAACAGUAUAUUUUGGCUACUGCGUGGUUUUUGCUAAAACCUGAUACACGUCGAAUUUACCAUGCUUUACCACAGUAACAGUAUAUUUCGGCUACUGCGUGGUUUUUGCUAAAACGCGAUAUGCGUCGAAUUUACCAUGCUUUACCACAGUAACAGUAUAUUUCGGCUACUGCGUGGUUUUUGCUUAAACGCGAUCUGCGUCGAAUGUACCAUGCUUUAGCACAGUAACAGUAUAUUUCGGCUACUGCGUGGUUUUUGCUAAAACGCGAUAUGCGUCGAAUUGACCAUGCUUUACCACAGUAACAGUAUAUUUCGGCUACUGCGUGGUUUUUGCUUAAACGCGAUAUGCAUCGAAUUGACCAUGCUUUACCACAGUAACAGUAUAUUUCAGCUACUGCGUGGUUUUUGCUGAAAGGCCAUAUGCGUCGAAUUUACCAUGCUUUACCACAGUAACACUAUAUUUCGGCUACUGCGUGGAUUUUGCUAAUACGCGAUAUGCUUCGAAUUUACCAUGCUUUACUACAGUAAUGGUAUAUUUCGGCUACUGCUUGUUGUAGUUAAAACACGUUAAGCGUCUCAUUUACCAUGCCACAGUAACAUUACAUUUCGGCUACUGCGUGCUAAAACCCGAUACGAGUCUCAUUUACCAUGCUUUACCACAGUAACAGUAUAUUUCAGCUACUGCGUGGUUUUUGCUAAAACGCGAUAUGCGUCGAAUUUACCAUGCUUUACCACAGUAACACUAUAUUUCGACUACUGCGUGGUUUUUGCUAAAACGCGUUAUGCGUCGAAUUUACCAUGCUUUACCACAGUAACGGUAUAUUUCGGCUACUGCGUGGUUUGUAGUUAUAACACGUUAAGCGUCGCAUUUACCAUGCUUUACCACAGUAACAGUAUACUCUCACCUCAGGGUCCCCCUCCCAGAAUGUUUUAGAUGUCUUCAUAUAUAAAACACUUGAUUCAGUUCAUUAGCUUGUUAGUGUGUUAAUUAAGGAACGUUUUAAACAUUCUAGAACAAGACUGAUGAGUGGAAUCAGGUGUUUCAUAUAAGGAGACAUUUAAAACAUUUUGGGAGGGGGGCCUUGAGGACUGAAGUUGGGAACCACUGAC